GAAAAACUUCUAGACUUUGCCUUAUCUCUCUCUAUAUAAACACCAAGCCCACCAUGGCUAAGCCCGCCAAAGCAGUCCACGGAACACUCAUCCACUCCCUCUCCCCCACAAGCCUCCAGGUCCUCCCUAACAGCCUUAUCACCAUCUCCUCCACCGGCACCAUCCUCUCUCUCCAGCCCAACAUCUCCCCCUCCGAUAUCCCCGCCAUCCUCGCCCAGCAAAACAUCCAAAACAUCCCCCUGCUAACACUUUCCCACGGCCAAUUCCUCAUCCCGGGCUUCGUCGACACGCACAACCACGCGCCGCAAUGGAUGCAGCGAGGCCUCGGCCAGGGAAUGCACAUCCUCGACUGGCUCGACGGCAUAACCUUCCCCAACGAAGCCAAAUUCGCAGACCCCGCUCAUGCGGAAAAGGUAUACGAGAAGCUUGUCAGGGGGAUGCUCAGACAGGGCGUCACGACGGCCUCGUACUAUGCCUCUCUGCACGGGGAAGCCACCCGCGUGUUGGCAUCGACGUGCUUCAAGGCGGGCCAGAGAGCGCUGAUAGGCAAGUGCAACAUGGAUCGGAACUCGCCGGCGUUUUACUGCGAGGCGUCUGCCGAGGAGUCGAUCCGGGAGACGAGGGCGUGUAUCCGGCAUAUUCGGGGCAUUGAUCCGGAAGGGGUCCUAAUCAGACCCGUGCUGACGCCGCGCUUUGCGAUAUCCUGCACUGCGGAACUGCUUCGGUCGUUGGGGGACAUGGCUCGCGAGGACGAAGGUUCGCUGGCGAUACAGACGCAUUUCAACGAGGCCGCGCAGGAAAUCAACGCCACGCUGUCGCUUUUUCCCGAGUUCAGCAACGAGGCGGACUUGUAUUCCUCCUUUGGGCUGCUCACGCAGAGGAGCAUCCUUGCGCACUGCACGAUCAUGACGGAGUAUGAGAUUGGGAAGCUGCGGGAGCUGGGAUGCGGCGUUGCGCAUUGUCCGACGGCGAAUAUGACUGUUGGGGGAGGCUUCAUGGCGGCGCCUGUGAAGGAGUUUCUGAGAAGGGGGGUGGGUGUUGGGUUGGGGACGGAUUCUGGGGGCGGGUAUAGCUCGAGUAUGGUGAAUGCCAUGAGGCAUGCUCUUGUUGCUUCGUAUGCUCGAGAUGCGCUCGGCGAGAUGGAGACGGGUGGAGGGGAGGCGCUGAGUUUGGAGGAGGUGUUUUCCAUGGCGACGAGAGGCGGCGCAAAGGUUGUUGGUCUUGGGGAGAGGGUUGGUGCGUUUGCGGUGGGCAUGGAGUUUGAUGCUUUAGUGAUUGAUUUGAGGGAUGAGGUGGUGGGUGGUGUCAAUGUCCCGCUGGAGGAGGAUGAUGCGCCGGCGAGGAUGCUGGAGAAGUUUGUCAUGACGGGGGAUGAUCGGAAUAUCGUGAGGGUGUAUGUCAAGGGGAGGGUUGUUCAUGGGGAGGGCUGCUCGAAUGGAGGGAUAGGAAUCUCUUGCGGCAGGUGUUUGGAGUGUUUGUAUUGAUUCUGUAGAGGGGACGCUGUAGAAGGACUUAAAUGAGAAUGGAGCAUAGGGGUUUGGCAAGGUCGAGGGGAGUGCGAGCCUCUUCUU